GGUACAUGUCGAAUUUAGACAAAAGUCGAAAAUAAUUUCGAUAUUGUAAACAUAUUCAUAUAAUUUAGAAAUUAUUGUGUAAUGUACUUAUCCUAUAAGGCACAGGGUUUCAAUAAUAGUUAAGAAUAAUGAGUUCCAAAAAGGGUAAGCGUAAUUUGGGAACCAAGCAUUUUCCUAUAGCGGAGUCUGUGAGCAUUGCUCUGAAAAUCCAGUUGGAUAAGUUUUUAAGUGAUGAAAAUGAGACAGAGCUCAAGUUUCCGACAUUUCUGUCGGCGCAGGAACGGGGUUUCAUCCAUGAGACUGUUGCCAAGCUGGGCUUGAAGUCGAAAUCGCGCGGGAAAGGUGUAAACCGCUACUUAACAAUAUACAAACGGACCGGUUCCACAAUAAUUCAGAAUGACGCCAAGCUCAUCCUGGAUUCAAACAUGCGCUGCAGCAUCACGGAGCUGUUCAACACAUUCCCUAUCACCAGUAAAGAGAAGGAUGACUUGAGCUGCUGUCCGGAGAAGGAACGGAGCCCCCAGCUGGCUCAUAAGCCUGUCGGGCAGCUGAAUAAUGGGGUUGCUCAAGUACCCAGUACAACAUAUAAUCCAGACUUAGUAAAGUUUAGAGAAAAGUUGCCCGUGUAUGAACAGAGGCAGGAGCUGCUUAAUGCUAUUACUCACAAUCAGGUGAUCAUAGUAGCAGGCGCCACAGGCUGCGGCAAAACCACACAGCUUCCUCAACUAGUACUAGAGCACUGUCAGCAACACAAGCAGCCCGCCCGCAUCUACUGCACGCAGCCACGCCGCCUGUCCGCCGUGUCCGUCGCGGAGCGGGUAGCAUACGAGCGUAUGGAGAAGAUCGGACAAAGCAUCGGCUACCAGAUCCGCUUGGAAUCACGUGUUAGCCCCCGCACCGUGCUCACGUACUGCACCAACGGCCUCCUGCUGCGCACUCUUAUGUGCACCGACACACAGUUGGCGGGAGUCACGCACGUAUUCGUGGAUGAGGUGCACGAGCGAGACAAGUUCAGCGACUUCCUGCUCAUCGCGCUGCGGGACGCGCUCCCGCGCUGCAAGGACCUCAAGCUCAUCCUCAUGUCCGCCACCAUGGACACGCAGAUCUUCUCCAGAUAUUUCAACAACUGCCCAGUGAUAACCAUCCCCGGGCGCUUGCACGAGGUGCAGCGCUACUACCUAGAAGACGUCCUGAAACUGACGCAAUACCGCACCAAGAAGAUGGUACAGGCCGAGAGAGAGCUCAAACUGAAGCUCAAGUCUGGCCAGAGCUAUUGGUCACAUCUCGAAGGCCAGAAGCAGACAGAAGAUACCAACAGCAAAGAUAGUAAAGAAGAGAAGGAGGUGGCGCUCGAGCCCACGCUGCAGGCCGACAUGGACGAAUUUCUAGAAGAGUGCUUCAAGGAAGGCAGCUUGGACUCGUUCUGCCAGAUCCUGUACAUGUACCUGUCGGAGGGCGUGCCCGUGCAGAGCGCGCAGGCCAGCAGCGGCCGCACCGGGCUCAUGGCCGCCGCGCGCCACGGCCUCACCGACACCGCCCGCCAGAUGCUGCAGAUCGGUGCGGAUCCCACAGUUAAAGACAAGAACGGCAAAACCGCCCGGGACUAUGCCCUCGAGGCCGGACACGGCGAGUGCGCCGCGCUCCUCGCUUCCCUCGGUGUCCCCGACGGCCCCAAGGAAACCGAGGACAACGCUGCCGAAAAUUUCCUGCUCGACAUCUACCACCACACCGUCUCCGAAGAUUUCAUCGACCAUGAUCUCAUGUUGGCCCUCAUUAAACAUAUACAUAUCAACCUCCCCAAAGGCAGCAUAUUGGUCUUCCUUCCCGGAUACGAUGACAUAGUGACGCUUAGAGAAUUAGUACAGAAUUGCAUGGAGAUGAACGCGCUAAAGUAUCAAAUAUUCACGUUGCACAGUAACAUGCAGACGCUCGAUCAGAAGAAAGUGUUCAACCCGCUUCCAAAUGCGAGAAAAAUCAUCAUCUCGACGAACAUAGCGGAGACAUCGAUAACUAUAGAUGAUGUGGUGUAUGUUGUGGAUUCAUGCAAAGUGAAGGAGAAGUACUACGAAUCUAGUGGUGGAGUGUGUUCUUUACAGUGUGUGUGGACUUCUCGAGCCGGCUGCCAGCAGCGCGCGGGCCGUGCCGGUCGCACCAAGCCCGGACAUUGCUUCCAUAUGUGCUCCAAGCGGAGGUUCCAGACCUUACCGCUCAACUCCAUCCCAGAGAUCCUCAGGGUGCCUCUACAGGAACUGUGCCUUCAUACGAAGCUUCUAGCCGUUGGGAAUACGCCUAUAGCGGACUUUCUAUCAAAAGCAUUGGAGCCUCCAUCGUUCCUUGCGGUGAGAAACGCCGUAACGCUCCUAAAGACCAUAGGAGCGCUGACACCCAUGGAAGAUUUGACGGAAAUCGGGCAGCAUCUGCUAGAUUUGACCGUGGAGCCGAAAUUAGGGAAGAUGCUCCUGUACGCGUGCGUCAUGAAGUGCCUCGAUCCGAUCCUGACGAUAGUCUGCAGCUUGGCCAAUAAGGAGCCGUUCCAGAUAUCCAUGAACCCGGAGAACAGGAAGCGGGGGAGUAUGGCGCGGAAGGAAUUCGCGGCGGACUGUUAUUCCGACCAUAUGGCGUUGCUGAGAGCGUUCCAAGCGUGGCAGAGUGCACGAGCGAACGGCGCCGAACGAGCGUUCUGCGCUAAGAACUUAAUAUGCGGAGCUACCAUGGAGAUGAUUGUGGGCUAUAGAGCGCAACUGCUAGCUCAGCUCCGAGCGCUGUGCCUAGUCAAAGCCAGAGGCUCGGGCGACAUUAAAGACGUCAACCUCAACUCUGAAAAAUGGCACGUCGUCAAAGCCGUCCUAGUGAGCGGCCUGUACCCUUCGACGGCCCGCGUCGACCGAGAAUCGGGAACGUUAAGGACUUCAAAAGAAGUGAAAGUGGCCUUCCAUCCGAGCUCGACCUUACAUCGCGGCGACGGUAUAGCGGGCGCGCACAAAUCCGUACAAAACUUGCCGACGGAUUGGGUCACUUUUGAAGAGAUAUCCAGAGCGGGCCGGUUCUGCUUCAUACGCUGCAACACGUUGGUGACACCCCUGACCGUGGCGUUAUUCGGUGGGCCUUUAAGAUUACCGCCCGGGGCUCUGACGCAGCGAGCGAAUCCUCCAGGGUUGUCGAGCGAUUCCGACAGCGAGGCGGACGAGAAUAACUCCUCACCUGACACAGCAGUGCUAACCCUGGACGACUGGAUGGCUUUCACGGCGGACGCUUCAGACGCUAUAAGCGUCUAUUACUUGAGACAGAAGCUCUGCGCGUUGGUUAUCCGUCGCAUGUCGAACCCUGCUAAACCAAUGACUCCUUUAGACGAGCAGAUCCUGAGCACUGUUGUGCACGUUUUAGCGGCUGAAGAAAAAAACGUGGGUCUGAAUCAGCCGUCGGGGAUCGGUCAGAGGCCUAAGCCGCUGACGGUGGACGCGCCGAACUGGCGGACGAGAGCUGAAGAGGAGCAGUACAGGCACGACGGGAAAUACUACCAGCAGCAGUAUCAGCAGGACUACCAGCAGAACUACUACCAGAACCAGAACGCUUACUACCAAAACCGGAACGGCGUCCGGGCGGGCUGGCGCGGCGACUCGCCGUCCUACUCGCACUCGCAGUACUCGGGGCCCAAGAGCCCGCCGGCCGGCAGCGCGCUGCUCGCCAACAUCGAGAAAGCGGGCGCGAGAGCACGAUAUUUUAUCGCAAGAGAUGAGGGAGACGGCACUAGUAGCGGGCUCCCGUUCGCACCCGCCACCACCGCCAAGCUUAUGAAGGUUAAACAGGAGGGGCAUCAAGUGAUAGUGUUCGUGGCGCGCGAGUCGGCGGCGCGGUUCGUGGGGUGCGCCGCGCUCGGCGACGGCGGGCUGGACUGGCUCUGCACACACCAUCUACCCUACCAUGCCGUCAGACACGUGUGCAACUCGCUGGCGGGCAACGUGCGCGUGGCGGCGGGCGGCGACGGCGCCGAGCUGUGCGCCGCCUCCGCGCGCGCGCUGCACGCCGCGCUGCUCGCCCGCCGCCGCACCGCCUCCCACCCGCACCCGCACCCGCACCCGCACCGCCCGCACAAACACCCGCAGUAGCACUAGCACCACACCGAGACCUCUGAAUACUUACGUGUUCUGUGCGGUCGCCAUUGAAUAUAUCGGAGCGAUCGAGGUGCUCGAAAACAUCUGAAAGCGUACUCUACUGCCUCGACGAUAGAGGCGUGUUCGGAUAUUUGUGAGCACCUCGACCGCUCCGAUAUACCUGAUGGCGCCUGUACCGCAGACCAUAGACGGUGGGAGGCUCCGGAUCGAAUUAUAAAGGUCGGUCGCCCCGAGCCGUCCGCCUCCGUUGAAGCGUUCGCCAAGAUUUAUGGUAUGGGAAUUUUGUAAUUCUCUGCCGAGUGACGUCAAUCUUCCAACUAAUUGUGGUCGAUUAGUAAAAUGUCCUAUAUGAUGUUAUGAUCUACCCUCUUUAGUGCGAACUAAUAUUGAAAAAAAGAAAAACACGUGUUUUUAAAUUAGUAGUAUAAAGGUAAACCUAUCGACGCGAAAUCAGCAAAAAGAUCGAUAGGUAUGGAAAAUUGGAAAAACCCUAAUGAUCAAACAACCCUUUUAAACCUUAUACAUUUUAUAAAACAUACUUUACAUUAAAAUGUAAAUUUAUAAAACGAUCUUCAUAUAAAUUUGUUUUACUAAAGUUGCUAAUUUCAAUUUUUACCCAAACGAUUACGAAUAAGUAUGUUUAAUACAGAUAACAUCAGUGACGAUUAUGCCCGAAUAAAACAAACUGCGGAAAAAUGUUCUUUGUAUUGUAAACCAGGCCACAUAAUAUAUAUGUCAGAGUAUAUUUUCAUUUAAUGCAGACUUCCAAGAUACAGGCUCAGCCUAGUUUGGAGUCUGACGGAUAUAUCGAUACACAUGUAAACAACUUUUAUGAUAAUAAACUAUUUGUAACUAUUUGUAUUUUUUGUAUUUAGAAUUUUAGCCUGAAAAAAUACAUGUCGAAUAUAUAUUUGAAUGAAAAUGAGAUUACAGGCUCUCUAACACCAAAUCUUUAGUUUGAUUGUAUAUUUAAAGUUUUAUAAGUAAAGUAGUAAAGUAUUAAAUAUACUUAGUUAUUUUAAUGUUUUAGUGAAUUUAUUUUACCUUGACUUGAGAUAUUUAUUUAAAUAAAUAAUUUAGCACACUUUAAUAAGCUAAAAUAAAAUUGCAUGCAUUUCAUCCUAUUUUAUUGUUUUCAUUACACGACGUUUUUAACACUUUAAUGUAUACUCAAACAUAUUUUUCAACACACUUGCUCAAAACGACGUUUUUAUUCCACCGAUUUUUGGCUCAUAAUCCUAGAUAUUAAACACGCGUGCUCUUUCUGUGUAUUAUUCCACUCGCGCUUUUUCAUUAUAUUAUCCGACUGAGUUAAGAAGGUAACUGAUUGCUAAUAAUAUGCAUGGAAAGGGAGCCUUCUUUAAUUGGUCGGACUGGCGGGCACGGGCGCGCCCGACCGCCUGCGCGGCGCGCGGCCCGGCCGGCAGUACGAGUAUGACAGAUGCAACACACAAUACUAACUGUUUUAAUAUUAAAAUUUGAUUAAUAUAAAAGUUUCUUUUUUUUUCUCGCAAGUGUGUUGAAAAACGUCGUAUGAAACGCGUGUGCAUUGGUCAUUACACACAUCGGCUUUCUUAUUGCGCGCUCGCUUACAGCUCGCGCGCACAAUAUCGCCUCGUGUGUAAUAACCAACUUAGCACACUUGUAUCAUAAUGUACUAUAGGAUUAUGAGCCAAAAAUCGGUGGAAUAAAAACGUCGUUUUGAGCAAGUGUGUUGAAAAAAAAUUUAUACUCGAUUUUAUUGUGCCAUUACUUUCUCGCGAAAUAGGCACAUCGGAUGUCGAUUUGCGGAAAAUGCCCAGUAAAAUUGAAUUGUGCCAUUACGCGUACUAUUGGCUUUGUUUUUAUUUUCAUGGAUACGAUAAUGAAAUUGAAUUGGUUCUUGUUCGAUUGGCAUGAAUGAAGACAUAAUAAGUUAUUUAUGGUAUAUGUCUAUAUUAUCAAAAUUGCAUAAAUUUGAUCGAGUGCAUGAAAUUGACCGUGGUAAUAUUUCUUGUGUAUUUAUUAAGGCGAUCGUAACAAGCUUCGUGCUAAUAUGAUUGUAAAAAGUAUUAUUGUGUUGAUUGUACUUGACAUUGUUUAUGUAUAGUUGAAUGGCAGGCUACUAAUAUAGAUCUCUGUUAAGAUUUUAUGAACUGAAGUGUCAGAUCGGGGCGGUGUUCUCUCGAUUGCACUAAUAAUUUGACUCCUAUAUGUACUUGGGAAAUUUAGAAUCCUGACUUAAAGCAAGAUUAGUGGUUCAGUUUGGUUUGUUUUACU